CUUCCGGGUUACGUGGGUGGCCCGCCCCCGGUCGCGACCGUACGUACACGUACAGGUGUAUCCAGGUGUGACGUUAUUUAGUUACUAGGAUCUAGCCGAGUGCUUACGUGCACUUCUACGCACACCCACGGAGUUAGCUUUAUAUAGAAUCGGGGUUUGGAAGGCCUAGCAGCACUGGUUUCGUAAAAGGGAGAAACGAAGUCGGGGUAAAGACAACCAUGGGCAACCUAGUGGGUCAUGCAGCCCCGGGCAGCUUCUUCUUGUUGUUUGCCAUCUGGUGGACCAUCAAGUACUCCAUCAUGUGGGCCAGCAGGAUGGGGGGCAGGAAGACCAGCUCCGCGGUGUGCUGCAGGAACGCUCCGCUGGUGUGCCGCUUUCUCAGCAGGGUUCCCGUGGAAGGACUGUGCAAGAUCGUAUUCGCAUUAGGAGGACUGAUGUGUGAGCAGAUUGCUGCACACUGGACACUGAUCAAUCCCAUCACUGGUGAGUUCCACCUCCUGGGCAACUGGCAGCACACCACCAUGUACCUUUUCUUUGCCCUCAACGGUUUUUGCGAUGUUCUGGUCGCCUUGAAAGCGCCCGUACCGAGCGGGAUAGAUUACCUCUCUAUGUCCUUGGCGUUGGCGGUGGAAGGAGUGUUGUUCUUCUAUCACUUGCACGGCCGCGCCGACCUGGACGUGCGUCUCCACAAGUUGCUGCUGUUGGCCGUGGCACCGUCCGUGGUCGUGAGCAGCUUGGAAGCUUGGAGGCCUGACACCUUACUAUUGCCCAUGAUCAGGACAGCAUUCACACUGCUACAAGGGACAUGGUUCUGGCAGGUUGGGUUCAUCCUGUACCCUCCCUUUCCUGGCCAUGACUGGGACCCGGACAGCCAUGAGAACAUGAUGUUUGUCUCCAUGGCGUUCUGUUGGCACAUCCUGGGCAUCCUGCUCUUCAUGUGUGUUGUGUACACAGUAGUCUAUCACAUCUACCAAGCCAAGGACAAACAGUUAGGUAAUGACAUGGAGCUGGGACCGCUGUCUUCACACAUGCUGCAGGCACACUCGGACUCAGAACUGGACUAACACUGACAUGUCUUCACAAUAUAUCUAGUACUCUGUCAAUGCCAAAUGGCCAAGAAAAUCUGUCGGAAAGAUGAUCAGAAAGUGUUAGUCUGUGAUAUAGUUGCUAGAUCUGCUUCUUGCAUUCCACAUAUCUGUUGUCAGGGUUGGACAAGUCCACUAGCCUUAUUGUCCAGGGCAAGUGAAUGUGAAAGAUUUUUCCAUGAGUGAGAUUUUGAUCUGAUUGUUCCUUAUCAUGGCUAUGACAUCAAGCAUUGUUCAACACAGAAAAAUAGAGUCAAUAAUAAAAGAAUGCCAUUGCUGGAAGUGAAAAUACAGAGAAAUAUGUUAUUCAAAGUGAACAGUUGGUUCGGGCAAGUAAGUUUUUUAUGUGCUUGCCUGAUAGGACAAGUGAGUUUUAGAAAACUUGUUAAACCCUGCCCUGCUUGCCCGUUAAAGAGCAAGUAAGAUUUUUCCACGAGUAACAUUUUGAUGUACUUACUUUUCAAAGUCAUGGCAUCAAGCAUCGGUAAACACUGAAAAAUAUAGCUAAUAAUGAAUUUCAUUGUAAACUGAAUUGUAGAAAACUUGUUAGACCCUGGUUGUUAGAGUAACAGAAGCUGGUAUAUAUAGUUUUCAGCUUUUUGACUCUUACAACUGGAAGAGAAAACCUUGUAUGAGCAGAGAUGUGUGUGUGUUUUAACCUCUUCUUUUAACUUGUUGAAGUCCAGACAUGAGCCUAAUGAUACAACUUAUACUGUAAUUUGAUUUUGAUGGUUUACAUUUUUUUUAAAUCUUUCUCAACAGAAAUAUACAAAACAUAUUCAAAUUUAAUUUCAUGUUUACUUAUAUGUUCAGAGAUGUGUGUUGUAAUUUAUUCUAUUUUGUCACAUUAUUUCAAAAUUGUGGCAUGAGCCUUGAAAAAAAUCAUUGUUUAUCAUGUAUUUCAUAUUCAUUGUGUAAAGAUUUGAAUGUGCCUUAUUCAUAUCAAUAUAAAUAGAUAAAUAAAUUCAUAUCAGAAACACUUUUUAUGUGCCUUGUACAGUAGAAAAUAGACAUGUAACAUUAUAGAAAAGGUAUAAAAUUGUAGUUUUUCCUGGAGAAAGUUGUGUUGUCAUGUUAUGUUGUUCCUAACUUGUUGAAAUCAUGCAGUUAUUGAUCAUGAUUGUAUCACAAUGUUGUUGUUUUUUCCAAGUUGUAAGGCCAAAAUACAUAAAAUCUUCACAGGAAAUAAGAGUUAAGUGGCACACAGCUUUAACUGUGUUGUUAAAGAAGAAAAUAUAGUUUGUCAUAUGUGAGGAAAAUUGCAGUAUGUAUUCAGAUAACCAGAUUUAGUCUAUUCAGUGACUUAUUUUUAGAUAACUUGACAUUUGUGCUUCAAAUCAGGAAUAUUAAUUUUGAUUGUAUUAUGUUUGUGCAGGCACUGUGCUUUGAUUGUGCUGCUCGUCACAUAUGAAUUUUAUUGCUCAACAAUCGCACAAGGUACAAUGUAUGGCAAUCAAUAAGAGCUACUAGCUAUAUAGACAAUAGUACUACAAGGCUACAUAGUACAUAACAACAAAAUGUUAUUGAUAACUUACUUGCUUAAGUACUUGCUCAAGGCGAGUCCUAAUCCGGCCUCGAGUUGUGAUGGCAGCCCAUACGUCUCUGUCAGUCAUUACAUUUGAAAUAGAUAAAUAAAUUGACCAAUAUAUGAGUUGAACAUAAUAGCUGUGUGUGAAAAAUAUUGUUCUGUGUACCAGUAAGAGAGAUGUGUGUUUUGUUUCUAAUAUUCUUCAACAAUGCUUCUCUCUCUUUACUGUAAGUAGGACUGGUCAUGACAAAGGGAAUUCGUCUUCGAUAUUUUCAUGACAUCUGGGACGACUGAAUGUCUGGUGUGUUACGGUGACGACCUUUUUCAAUUUCUAAACAAUGUGCACUAAUUCUCAGUUUUGUAAUGCAGUAAAUGGUUUAUUAUGAGUUGAUGUGAUUUGAGUAGGUAACAAUGUUCAGUCUCAAGCACAGCAAUAAGAAGCCACCUCGGCAGACUUUACAAGUCAGACAGAUGAAUCACUCUUAAUUACGCAUGCACUACAAUCAUGCCAUUAAGAAGUGCCUUUAAUAUUGCAAUAGCUUUUUUUCCUAACCCGAUUUGUAACGUUCCUGUGUGUUCAUGCAACUGAAUGACAUAAAAAGUUAUCAAAAAUUUUGGUAAUUAAUACAAAUAUUACUUUUCUUAUUAAUAUUGAAAUGUGUUUCUUUCCGGUCUUAUACUUUCUCAAUGAGUAUAUGUGUAAUUUUAUUGAAAAGUGUGAUUUUACCGUUUUUACAAAGACAUUUGACUCAAGCUGUAUAUUAUUGGUUGAAAUUUCUGGUGCUUCCUGAAGUUUUGAUCAUUUGUAGGUCAUGAUCAAGGAUGUUAUUUUAUUUGUAAUUUUUUAGUAUUAGUAUUUUUUCCUGAAGUACAGUACUGUAUUAGGUACAUUUUGUUCAUGCCUUUUACAUUUAGAAGUGUGAUAUUUGAUUAUGUUUAUUGCAGUAAAGAUGUUCUCUAAGACUUGCUGUCAUAUCUAAGGUAUACCUACCUACCUAAUCCUCUUUGCUCCUUUUGGUGGAGCAUAAGGUAUAGGCAUCACCAAAUGAAUGAGAUAAAUGUACCUGUUUUACUUAUAAGUUCUAAUUUUUGGCGAUGCCUUAGGGGUGGAGCCAUCUUUGGAGUAAUAUCUUGAUACAGACAAUCAUUCAAACAGUGUAAUAUGAAUACAAGACUAUCUCAAGACCAGUUAAUGAUACAUUUUUGUUUGUUUGUGUGACAUGUUGAUUUAUGUACAAAGAAUACGUACAUAGUGCAUCCGGUUUACACCGGUGAGGUACAAUACAUAGUAUAGUUAUAAAAGAAUACAAUGACCCUCUGCAAUCUUCUUAGAUAGCUUAGUAUGAUAGUUGAAGGAGAUUAAACAUUCUGUUGAUACAG